AUGUCGAACAUCCGAUCUUUCGUACGACUCUCUCAAAACAGAAGACGACCUCUGAUAACCACGGUACCAUUUCGGUUACCUGAUGCACGCAACGAGCCAAAUCCGACAUACACGAGAGGUUCUCCAGAGCGGACUAAGCUAGAGGAGACCCUGGAGCGUAUGAAGUCACAGAUCCCUCUCCAAAGCGAAAUUCACUUCAACGGCAAAUCACAACAAGUUCAUAGAUCUUGGGAUCAGCCAUUGCCAGCAGACCACAAGACAACCUUCACCAACUACCCACUUACAACCAAGGAGCAGGUAUCCAAAGCCAUCGAUUCGGCCCUCAAAGCGAAGAAGUCAUGGGAAAACACGGCGUUCGUUGACCGAGCAGCAAUCUUUCUCAAAGCCGCCGAGCUGGUUGCAACUAAGUACCGGUAUGAACUAAUUGCUGCAACCAUGCUUGGCCAAGGCAAGAACAUCUGGCAAGGCGAGGUGGAUGCUGCUGCUGAACUGGCAGACUUCUUCCGUCUGAACUGCAAUUACGCUGCGGAAAUUCUUGAGAAACAACCCGAGCGAGGUACAGACGGAAUGUGGUCUCGCAUGGACUACCGCCCGGUAGAAGGAUUUGUUUACGCUGUUUCGCCAUUCAACUUCACCGCUAUCGGCGGUAACCUCAUCUCUGGCCCUGCCAUCAUGGGUAAUGUCGUACUCUGGAAGCCAUCUCCUUCGAACAUCUACGCAAGCACCAUUGUGUACAAGAUCCUCCUUGAAGCUGGUCUACCACAGGACGUUAUCCAGUUCGUGCCCGGCGAGCCUGAGGAGAUCAACGAUGUUGUGCUUAACCACCGAGACUUCGCUGGGCUUAACUUUGUUGGCUCCUCAGACGUUUUUAGAUCUCUCUGUGCUCGUAUUGGUCAAGGCAUCGGCAACAGCACAUAUCGCGAAUUUCCCCGAAUGGUCGGAGAGACUAGUGGCAAGAACUUCACUCUCCUUCAUCCAACAGCGGAUGUCCAAUCUGCGGUGAAGCACGUCGUUCGCGCUUCGUUUGAGUACCAGGGUCAAAAGUGUUCGGCAACCUCUCGCCUAUAUCUUCCGGAAUCGCGAUCGAAGGAGUUCAUCGACACGUUGGUUGAAGACGUCAAGGGUAUUACCCAGGGCAACCCGCAUGAAGACCUCGCAGCUUUCAUGGGUCCAGUAAUCCACCGUCGGUCAUUCGAAAAGAUCAAGGCUGUCAUCGACGAGAGCAACCAGGAUUCUUCGCUCAAGCUCCUAGUCGGCGGUACCUAUGAUGACUCUGAAGGCUUUUACAUCAAGCCAACCGUCUACCUUGCAGGCUCGCCAGACCAUAAGCUCUUCAACUAUGAGAUUUUUGGCCCCGUACUCGCCAUACACGUCUACCCUGAUUCAGAAUGGAGUCAAAUCCUGGAGAAGGUUGAUCAAGCUGGUGGCAAUUUUGCGCUAACAGGUGCCGUUUUCGCCAAUUCCCGUACCGCUAUACGAGAGGCGGAAGAUGCGCUACGCUAUUCUGCUGGCAACUUCUACAUCAAUUGCAAGACCACCGCUGCGCUCAUCGGCCAACAGAGCUUCGGUGGAAGUCGCGCAAGUGGUACAAACGAUAAGGCUGGCUCACCAAAUCCCAUGUUUCGCUUCGUUUCUCCACGUCAGAUUAAAGAGGAGUUCUUUCCUGUCGUUGAUUAUCGAUAUCCUUCAAACAGUUGA